AAAUUAGGUUUUUCUUAGAAGCGCCGGCGUUAUCCACUCUCCCGGCCUCUGCUCCGUCUUUCUAUGCUGUCGCCACAUAGAAGAAAGGACGGGGAGGAAGCUAACUCAGAUUUUUCUACACAGCGGAAGAUAGAGAGGAGAGGAUUGAUGCCUGCUAACUCUAAUCUGUGGGUUCUUCUGGGCCUCGGCAUCGCCGGCAUACUGAUCGUGGCCCGGAAACUGAAGCGGGUUGUGAAGGAGGACUUCGGGGCGUUCGUUGAGCGGUUCGAGCUCCUCCCUCCUCCACAGCCCGCUCCACCCAAAGCUCCUCAUCCCCUCACUGGCCUCACCUUCGCGGUCGCAGAUGUAUUUAAUAUCGAAGGAUAUGUUACGGGGUUUGGUAAUCCAGACUGGGCAAGAACUCAUGAAGUUGCAACACACACAUCCUCUUUAGUUGCCACGCUCAUAGAUGGAGGUGCUACAUGUGUUGGUAAAACAGUCAUUGAUGACAUGGCUUUUAGUUUAAGUGGUGAAAAUAAAUAUUUUGGCACACCAACGAAUCCUAAGUCUCCUGAACGGAUCCCUGGAGGAUGUUCUAGUGGGUCGGCUGUAGCUGUUGCUGGUGGCAUCGUAGAUUUUGCAUUGGGAAUGGACACCGUAGGUGGUGUGAGAGUACCUGGGGCUUUUUGUGGAAUUUUGGGGUUUAGACCAUCGCAUUCCAUCUUGAACAAUGGUGUUCUUCACGUCUCUCCAAGUUUAGAUGCCCCUGGGUUGUUUGCCAAAGAUCCCAGUGUUUUGCAUCGUGCAGCUCAUGUGUUACUCAAACUUCCAUAUGCCGAUGUACGUCCACCUAGACGUGUUAUAAUAGCUGAUGAUUAUUUUCAGUUAAUGAAAAUUUCUUCUAGAAGGAUAACUCAAGUGGUCACAAAAACAGUGGAGGUGCUGUUUGGGAAGCAAAGUUUGAGCCAUGCCAAUGUUGGUGAAUAUCUUGCGUCUAAGGUUUCUAGCUUAAAGAAGUUUCAAGUUGGCGCUGUAAAUGGUGAUUCAAAAAUUUCUUCAUUAACAUCACUUGCUAGUGCCAUGAGGUUGCUUCACAAGUAUGAAUUCAGAAUUAAUUAUGAGAAUUGGAUAAACUCUGUCAAGCCAACAAUUGCUCCUUGUGUAUCAGAUAAUUUGAGUGCACCAGAAGAAAAUGGCAUCCUUAUCAACUGCUGUCAAACUGCAAGAAGUGAAGUGCAACUGGCUAUCCAUUCUCUACUAAAGGAUGAUGGGAUUCUUGUUCUUCCUACAGUGUCAGGCCCUCCUCCGAAACUCAAUUCAAAGGAACUUUUAUCUGAAGAUUAUCAGAGGCGCUUAUUAAAUCUCUCAGCUAUUGCAAGCAUGUCAGGUUGUUGUCAGAUAACAAUACCCCUGGGAUUUCAUGAAAAGCUACCUGCGUCAGUCUCCUUCAUUGCAAGGCAUGGAGGUGACCGUUUCCUACUUGACACAGUUAAAACCAUUUACUCCAACCUUCAAGACCAAGCUGAUAUAGUCGUGAAGUCUUCCUCACAAAGCAUCAGUGUAAGCAAGGAGGAAUCUGCUGAAAUCGCAAAAGAGAAGGGCAACAAUGCUUACAAAGAAAAGCAGUGGCAGAAAGCUAUAAACCUAUAUACAGAAGCAAUCAAGCUAAAUGGAAAAAAUGCUACGUACUAUAGUAAUAGGGCUGCUGCAUACCUGGAAUUGGGAAGUUAUAUGCAAGCAGAAGCUGAUUGCAGCACUGUCAUCAACCUAGAUAAGAAGAAUGUUAAAGCCUUUUUAAGAAGAGGGACAGCAAGGGAGAUGCUGGGCUAUUACAAAGAGGCAAUAGAAGAUUUUAGAUACGCCCUUGUUUUGGAGCCAACAAACAAGACGGCAAAUAGUGCUGUUAAUAGAUUGAAGAAAUUCAUACCUUAAAUGCAAUUCUGGCACAAAUUGGAAGGAAAUUACCCACACCAGACAAUCUACUUGUCAAAAACAUCACAGGUGCAAUUUACUAGUUUUCUUGGUGCUCACGCUGCACUCCAGGUCAAAAAUUUGAAGAACUCUAACGCUUGUUAGUGGUCCAGCCAGUGCUAUUAAACAGUACUCGCAGCGUUUGAAUUCAGGCUUGAUUUCUCUUAUUUUUCUGCACAGUAGGGUUUAGUACAGUUUUGGGUUCUAUAUCAGAGGAUUUCAGCAAAAAGACAUUAAAUGUACUCUUCUUCCACACAAUUUAUUGUAAUAUGACAAGGAUGGGCUUCUUUAGGUUUCAAUUGUUACAGUUCUUUUAAUGUCAUGUUUUUUAUUUUAUUUUUUUCUUUGUUAUGUUGUAUGCAAUAGAAUCAUCUUAUUCUCAUAUAUAAAUGUGAGUUUCUAUAAGUCAUUUUAUAUGA